GUGGUUUUCAACAUACAAAGCUUAUUUUGACAUCAAAAUACAUUAAAUAAGUGUUUUAAACACUUAGUUUUUACUUUGGAGAACUUUGCAUUUUUCGGUCGGGUUUCAGUGCCGGCCGGCUAAGCCAUGGUUCUGGACAAGCCAUCUACCCGGGAUUCCAGAAUCAUUUCACCCAGCGAUGGGAGAUAUUACCCAUCGAUGGGUAAGCAGCCUUCAGCCCAAUUGAAUUCCAGAACCAUGCCAAACAGCGAUGGGAAGUUCUACCCAUCGCUGUUCAAGCCUUGGUCCAACAUUAUCACAAGGCAGAAUGCCCUUACCCAGCGAUGGGAAGCUUUACCUAUCGAUGGGAACCCAGCGAUGGGAAGGCUUAACCAUCGAUGGGAAGGCAUGACCGUUGGAAGUCAUUUAAGGCUGAUUCUUUCCUUGUUUGGAAGUCAACUUCCCACCCAGCGAUGAGAAGCUUGUACCCAUCGAUGGGUAGGUGACCGUUGGCUUCAAAACUGAAGGGAAAUUGGCUUACCAGCGAUGGGUGAUUCCAAACAUCGAUGGGAAGCCAAUAUCCUGCAGAUCCCAAAUUUAUUCAAUCCCAUAAAUCAAGCCAAUCACCCCUUUAAUGUAUUGGUCCGUUGGAGCCUAUUUUGGCACUAUAAAAAGGGGUGUUUGGG